AACGCGCCGCGCGGUGCCGGCAUGGCGGCGGCCGAGGGGAAGGAGGAGGAGGCGGCGGUGCCGCCACAGAAACGCUUCUACCGGCAGCGCGCGCACUCGAACCCGCUGGCCGACCACACCCUGUGCUACCCGUCCCGCCCUCAGGACAUGGACUGGGCCUCGCUGUUCCCGAGUUUUUUCCCACCCGAGGCCCCUCCCGGGACCCCCCCGGCCCGCGUGGAGUUCGCAGAUGUGGGGUGCGGCUACGGGGGGCUGCUCGUGGCUCUCUCGGAGCUCUUUCCCCGCUCCCUGGCGCUGGGUUUGGAGCUCCGGGCCAAGGUGGCCGCGUUCACCCGCGCCAGGAUCCGGGCGCUGCGGGCGGCCCAGCCCGGCCGCUUCGGCAACGUGGCGUGCGUGAGGGGCAACGCCAUGAAACACCUGCCCCACUUCUUCCUGCGCGGCCAGCUCUCCAAGCUGUUUUUCCUCUUCCCUGACCCCCAUUUCAAGCGCACCAAGCACAAGUGGAGAAUCAUCAGCCCGGCCAUGCUGGCGGAGUACGGCUUCGUGCUGCGCCCCGGGGGCCUGGUGUACACGGUGACGGACGUGCCCGAGCUGCACCAGUGGAUGCUGCAGCAUUUUGGGGAGCACCCCCUGUUCGAGCCCGUGCCCCCCGCCCAGCUGGCCGCGGACCCGCUGCUGCCGCUGCUGCCGGCGGUGACCGAGGAGGGGCAGCGGGCGCGGCGGGCCGGGCGCCCCCCCAGCACGGCCGUGUUCCGCCGCCGCCCCGACCCCCCCGCGGCGGCGCCGUGA